AUGCUUUCUGGUGCCAUCCGCCCCGACGAUACAAUGCGAGCGCAGUACACCUCCCGAGGAGUCACAGAGGGGGACGAGCUAGAAACGGGAUCGACUGACUCUCUGGUGCCGCCAUCGUUGUUUCACGUUGAUGGAUCGUCGCACGCAGAAGAGGAUGGAUCUAGGCCAGGCACAGCUAUGAGUGACUACCAGGGUGGUAGUGGCAAGCAAUCAUCUACCUCGAAGCACCUGUCCGCUGAGGAUACCAUCGAGCUGGCCCGGCACGCUGUGGAGAUUGGCAUUCAGGACACCAAACGCUCUCUGGCAGGGAGCGAGGCUGUUACGGAUGUGGUGAAGCCCAAACUCACAAUCGACUUGGGUCAUUCCCAUAUUGUGAGGAUACCGGAACCCGUCGUGGAUAUUAUCAAGGAUGAGGUAGAGAGGCUUUCCCUGUCGAAUAACCAUCUCUUCCAUAUUCCCUAUCGCUUCGCCGAAUGCUCCCAUCUGCGGUACUUGAACAUACGCGCCAACCACUUUCGUGAAUUUCCAAAAGGGAUCUAUAAAUUACCGCUCUUGGAGAUUCUUGACCUGAGCCGGAACAAAAUCUCUGUGCUACCGGAUGAAGUCAGCAAACUCAAAUCACUGCGCGUGUUGUCCAUCAUGCAAAACCGCUUGGAGGACCUCCCCGUGGGGCUGUCCAGUAUGAACAAACUGCAGAUUCUCAAAAUAGCAGGCAAUCCCCUGCGAUAUCCCCUGCGGCGUGUAUUGGAGGCAUCCGAGGCGGAAGUGGCACAUGCCAUGACCGACAACGAGAAAGAAGUCGCGGUGACUGCCGAGCUGAAGCGAUUUUUAAAAAGUCGACAGCCAGCAACGACGCCGGAGUUAGAGAGUAGUAGCGAUAUGAGUGACCUCAAGUUCGAUACCCCCAAGCCUGUCCCCGUGAAAAGAAAACUGAGCAGCCGGUUUCCCGUCAUUCCAAGCACAGGCGAUGGCUCUGCAUCGUCAUCCCGUUCGCCAUCAAUAUCUAGGCCUGCUCAUGCUCCAUCCAAGUCACAUUUUCGAAUAGCAUCGGGCCAACAGCCAGCCGGGUAUCAUAUGCCAGGACUGCAGCGGCCUGGUGUUGCCCCUCAUUCGAUUAGUGAACGGAAUCGAAGCAAUAGUGAGGGUAUAAUUCAGGCAUCGUACUCUGCGCGAAAUAAACGAAUGGGGCUCGUCAAACGCAAGAACACCGAUCUUGGAACAUUGGACGAAACUCGGCCAUACCGAAACAGUCAUUUGCGUGGUCUCAGUCAUGGAUCCGUACUUCGUACACACUCGGCUGCGCCACCUCCUGUCAAUAGCAGCAGUUCGUCCAGCCCCAGCAGUCCGGGAGCAAGGCGACGCGCGCGAGAUGGGUGGGUGAACCGGAUGUCGAGUCUUCCGGAGCACAAAGGCGAGCGAAGCUCCGACGGUCCGAUAUUGGAGAGUGCAAAAGGUAUCCUAUUCGCUUUGGUCCAGGUCCACAGUCACAUCUCAACACUUAUCAACGUGAUACAUCGCGAUGAUACGCGGCGGCACAGUCUUGAGCUUGUGUUCUACAACGCUUCCACACACGUUGAUCGUCUUAACGAGGCGUUGGAGAAAGCCGAAGCUUCGGUGUCCGACAGUCCCGAGUCAGCCAAAGUCAGCAUAGAGAAAGUGAAGCGCGAGUGCGAAACUUGCAUCGUGGCCUACACGCAUGUCGGCACGCAGCUUCGUAAUAGCGCUGCUAAAAUUGUCGCGAAUGGAGACUCGCGAUAUGUACGCUCUUUAAUGCUGAUGAUAUAUGGCAGCCUCGUGGAACUGAGGAAUGCCUGUGCUGCCCUAAACGUCCCGAUAGGUUAUCCCCACAGAGGCCCGCCCGUUCCCAGGCCUGCUGCAAUGGAACCUACAAGACCUUCUCCUUCGGAUCGAGCUCAAAGACGAAAUGUCACACCAACUCGUGAAGUAAUGUCCCAGACACGGCGCUACAGGAGUGGUACUACGAUAAAACAUCCUCCGAUGGGGAUGGCUCCUGCUUUGUCACUCAAUGUCGCAAGUCAUUCGGGUGUCGGAUCACCUGGUAACAUGACGCCGUCAUUCAAUUAUGCUCGGAGUCGAUCAAGUAGUCGAUCAAAUCUCACUCACACUCCAUUGCAAGUCUCCUCGGCCACUCCGCGAUCCGGAGAGGCAUUUCCUCCAAUUCCCGCCGCAAGUGGUGGGCCUCGCAUAAAUCCGCUGACUGGCCUGGACGAAGUUGAGGAGGACAGAAUAUUCGAGAAAAUCUUCCACCAGCUCACUUCUGCAUACAGCUCGGCUCUGCAAGCUCUUCCCUUGGCUCGGCGUCAAUUCAGCCGAUGCCUUGAAGUAGCAGAGCAGUCACGAGAAUCUGAAGGAAUACAAGUUCUCUGGAACAACUUGAUCCGUCGCUGUCGCUUUUGCUUGGAAGUAUCGGAGGCCUUGGGAAUGCGCCUUUCAAAUAUGAGAGUCAAAGAACCAGGUGGCGGGUUACGGAAUCAACGCGAAUUCUGGCAGCUUUGCAAGGCCUUCAUGCAAUCAUUCGUCGACCUAGUGACAGACAUGAAAGAAGUUCGGAACAUGCACUUGCUCCCUGGAGACGUCAUUAUCAUCUUGCGUCCGGUUCAGAAGGCCAGUCGGGAGGCUGGUCGCCUUAUUGAGGCAUCGCCCUGGUCGUAUCUCGCCGACAUGGCUUCUUCUACACAUCCGCCAAGCAAUAUGUAUGGGCCGCCACUUCAACUUCCUCACACGCAUCCACAACACCACACGUCAGUAUCGACCUCGGCCAUUGGAUCCCACUCUAACUCAUUUGGCCUGGCGGCCAGCAUGUCCCCUCAAUCAGUCACAGUACCUGCGACCCCGCUAAGUGCCGCACUCGGGCCAGCUGCGCAGGCGACUGUGCCGUCUACUCCAGCCAGUGCCUAUAGCGACAAAUUCUUCGAGGGUGAUGUCUUCCAGCGGGCUGAUUCCCUGCUGUCCAUGCCGAAUCAGGCACCUUUCUUCAGCCGUCGCUAG